CCCCAUUUCUUCUUCAUGCAUCAUCCUAAAAAUGUAAACAAAAACACCGUUCCAAAUAGACUUUCAGGCCAAGAAACUCCAUUAUUGUUACUCCGAUCAAAUAGACUUUCUUACCCAGAUCGUUCAGAAUUACAACACCUCCAGAUCCCAGCUCACUGGUUAUCCGUCUGUUAAGGAAAUGACUUAUCCCAAACAACCUGCCCACAACUCAACUGGGGAAAAGAAUCCAAAGAGGCUUCUCGUAACCAAAAGUAAUUCUCCCACUCCAACUAGGAAGCGGAUCAGCCCCAAGCUUUCAAUAGCAUUGGAGGCAGAAUUGAUGACUGUGAUACAGGAGGCAAAACAUCUGAUUUCUUCCCCCGCCUUUUCUCCACACUUUUCUUCCACUGACCCAGGAAAACUUCAAGGAGCCAUAGACAUCAUUCAAAGCAUUCUAAAGUGUGACAUUGAAGCCUUACUGGACAAACAGUGUUACAAAGAAUUGAAAGAAGCUUUCGAGUAUCUGUGCUCUAUUGGUUUUUUUGAUCCAAUUAUGGUCCUAAGACUUGACCGGAUGCUUAAUGAUGUGGAUACUGAACUACCGCACUAUAAAGAAGCUAUAGAUGAAUGCGUUACAGGCCGAGAACAGGCAAAGGACCUUCAACAUGCACUAAAAUCUCUGAAAGCUAAGCUGGAGGCUGCUUGUGCUACAAAACCUAGAAUUAUUGAACUUGAAAAUGAGCUGCAUGAUCUUAAUGAGCAAAUUGAGGCUCUUCAGGCUCAAUUUGCAGAUUGUCAGAGCCAGAGAGAAGCCCUUGAGGCUAAUUUGGAUGCUGAACUGGAUAAGCUUCGUCCAGAAAAGGAGGCACUCCAGGGUAAAUGCAAGUUGUUUACUGCUUUCAAGGCAAGAUUGCCUGAAAUGAAGAAUCGUAUCAACGCGGGGAUUGGUGUGUGGGAAGCCUUUAAGGCAGCUUUGAAUAUCCAAUUUAGAGGUUUUCACUAAUUAAUGCUAGCUUCUCAUUGUUACUUUCCAGCCGCUGUAUUUUGGGACCCUAUGUUUUUGUUUGGGACAGAGACCUGUUGGCUUUGAUCGCCUUGACACUUCCGAAGUCCGAAGAAGUUGCAAUGCCUGAGGAGCUAGCUUGUAUUUACUUUCGGAAAAGUUUGUCUAGAACAAAUU